AUGGACGAUGGCGCAAGCAGCAAUGCGGAAUCCCCAGCCGUCAACCGACCAUCCAAUCGCACGCGAUCUGGCAGCGCAAGCAGUGGCCACAAGCGAAGCCUGUCCGGCUCUCUACUCUCCCGACUCUCCUUCCUUCGUAUGAGCCAGGGAUCAGCGCAAUCAGAAGCGGAACCCCACGCCAUGGAACAGGAAGGAGACAACGAGGACCUCCCGGUCACAAUCCCGCAAAUCAGCAGCGGGGCAACAACGGGUGCUCGGGCGAUGUCAGCGGUUAUACAGCAGCAGCGCAGAACACGACGCCGAAGGGGAUCGUUGCGGAAGACCGCCCUGCUGGGAACCAGGCUCGAGUCGCGCGAGAAGAGAGCCGCGUCCAAAUCCGCGGAUGCGACUCCUAGAUACGCGGGUGACGGGCCACGAUCUCCGAAGGACCAGACCUCGCCCCCGACAAACGGCUUCACGUCUCGCGAAAGCCUCGACGACGAUGCCGAAGAUACCCAGCCGAGCUGGUUUCGCGCCAGCACGGCGCAGAAGAUCCUCCGCUCCUCUGUCGCUCGCCGCCGGCAGGGCCUCGCGCCGCACAACCUACUCGGCCGCGAGGAAACCGGCACCGACGACGAGGAACUCGUGUCUUUCCCGCGUGUGAGUACGACGAACAAUACCUCCACGAGCGGCUCUAAAACCGCGCCUUCACCGGGCCUCCACAUCUCCACACAAUCCGACUACCCCUUUCCCCUGACAACGGACCUUGGAACGGACGCACCCUACCGCCCCGUGCACCGCGCCAAAUCAUCGCCCUUGGCAACACACCCGGUCGAAAUGAAAAAAAACGCUGAUACAUGGGACUACUCCGAGACCGAGUGGUGGGGCUGGAUCAUCUUGAUCGUGACAUGGCUGGUGUUUGUCAUUGGGAUGGGCAGCUGCUUCGAGGUCUGGAGCUGGGCUUGGGAUGUAGGCGAGACGCCGUAUGCGCCGCCAGAAUUGGAAGACGAUCCCACCCUACCGAUUGUCGGAUAUUACCCAGCGCUGAUUAUUCUUACGGCUGUUAUGUCGUGGGUUUGGGUAGUUGUUGCUUGGGUGGGGAUGAAAUACUUUAAGCACGCUAAUAUAUCAGGGGAUGAUAGCUGA